GCUCAGAUCAACGCCAACAGCCGGGCCGGACGGGAAGGAGAACUUCUCGUCAAACUUUUCCUCCGAAUAUCCAUUCCCCUGUUGCUGGUUUCUGCGUCCCCUUUUGGGAGUCGCGUCGCCAUAGGCCACAACCACACUCGCAGAAAGGAUUUUAUCCUCCCAAAGAGCAACGAGCAGAGAGAGAGAGAGAGAGAGAGAGAGAGAGAUUUUGCAUGGUUCGUGGCGCCGAGGAGCUCGUUAAAUAUGGACAUGCUGGAUCACUCGGACGAUGAGGAGGAGCAGGGACGGCACGCUACCAGCAGCAGCAGCGGCAGGAGGCCAGGCUCCAGGUUCGGCGCGCGGCGGCAGAAGCGGAGGCCCGGCGGCAGCGAUCAGCACCGGCUGCUCAUGGACAGCGUCGGCGGCAGCGGCGGCGACGGGGACGGCGCGUCGGAGGAGACCGUGCCGCUGCCGGACUACGAGCGCCUGUCCCAGUCGGCGCGCCUCCCCGACGACCCUCUUGACGACGAUGCCAAGAACCCGCCGCCGGCUCCGCUGGCGCCGGAGCAGCCGCAGAAGACGCCGGCCAAGCAGGGGGCGUCCCCGCCGCAGCCGCCUCCUCCUCCGCCGCCGGCAACGCAGCCGCAGCAGCAGAAGCCGGCGGCGUGGAGGCUGAUCGAGUAUGUGCGGUCCAGGCACAAGUCAGGCGGCGCCGGGGCCGCUGCCGGGUGCGGCGCCGCGUCGGAUGGCGAUUCGAGGAGCUCUGAGGAUGGCGACGACGGCGGCGAGGGAAAGAAGGACAAGGCUAAGAAGAAGAAGCGGUCGUCGUGGCUGCCGGACCCCGACCGCCGGUGGCCGGUGCAGGGCUUCUACUAGCCGCGAGCUUGCGUACGCCGAGGGCAUCCCUCUUCGCAGUCUCCCCUAGUCGGUAAAAGUAAAAUCGUUAAAAGUCAUGACGCGUAUCUGACUCAUGCAUUGGUCCAGUUUUUGUCUUUUCAUUUUCCUUCGUCUCGUUGUGAGUUUGCAAUGCCAAUGCAUGGAGAAAAUUGACGAGGACAAACUUGGCGUGCCUUUGGGCUUUUGACAUGUACGACAACAAUGUAAUAAUCUUCGAGGAAUGUCAGGCGUUACCUUUUUUUCCACGAGAAAAUUCCUAUUAUACCAUUAAAUAUAUGCCAUCCAAAUGUAGUUCA